CUCGCUCUUAUUCCGUCCUUCUCUCUCAUUCCCCCCUCGCUUUCAUUCCCUCCUUGCUUUCAUUCCCUCCUGCUGUCUCUCAUUACCUGAUACUGGAGUUGUGAGACCAGUUUAUUAGCCCUAUCCAGGAAUUUAUCUCAAUUUAGGUUCUUAAAGACUAAAGAGUUUCUGUGAGACUAACAGCAGCGAUGAACCAGAAGAUUGUCCUCAUCACAGGUUGCUCCUCAGGCAUCGGCCUGGCCCUGGCUGUACGCAUCGCCAAGGAUGAAAAGAAGAGGUUCAUGGUGUAUGCCACGAUGAGGAACCUGGGUAAGGCAGAGGCCCUUGUGGAGGCAGCAGGCAGGACUCUGGGCAGGACCCUGGUGAUUAAACAACUGGAUGUUUGCAAUGAAGACUCCAUCAAGGCCUGUGUGGCCAGCCUGUCUGACGGCAAGAUAGACAUACUCAUCAGCAAUGCUGGGAUGGGUCUGAUAGGCCCCAUAGAGUGUCAGUCUAUGGAGGAGAUGAAGGCUGUCAUGGAUACCAACUUCUUUGGUCUAGUGAGACUCCUCAAAGAGAUCCUGCCAGACAUGAAGAAAAGGAAGAGCGGCCAUAUUGUUGUGAUCAGCAGUGUCAUGGGCAUACAGGGUAUAUUAUUCAACGAUAUCUACGCGGCAUCCAAGUUUGCUGUGGAGGGGUUCUGUGAAAGCUUGGCCGUCCAAGCCCUGAGGUUUAAUCUGAAUAUAAGUCUGAUUGAGCCAGGCCCUGUGGUGACGGAGUUUGAGCGUAAGGUCUAUGAGGAGGGCAUGAAGGCAGACCUCUCCAAAGCUGACAAAGUGACAGCAGAUAUGUUUACCAACAUCUAUCUGAAGAACUUCAAGCAGAUCUAUGAAAGCCUUGGACAGACACCUGAGGACAUAGCAGAGCACACACACAAGAUCAUCACCAUGGACAACCCUCCAUUCCGGCACCAGACCAACACCCUGUACACCCCCAUGACCACCCUGAAGUAUGCUGACCCAAACGGAGACCUUCCCAUUGACACCUUCUACAAGAUGGUGUUUGAGCACGACAAGGUCUUCAAUGCCAGCCUCAACUUCCUCAAGCUGCUACGCUGGAGGAGCCGCAAGAACUUCACUAUGGAUAAGGACAAGAGCAAUUCUUAGGAUGUGUCCCAAAAGGCACCAUAUUCCCUAGUGCACUACUUUUGACAAGAGCCCUAUGGGAAUAGUUGUAGGGUUCCUCUGGCUCCAUCGAGGGGGAGAGGUCUCUUCACCGCUUCAUCCAUUGCCAUUCCUUCAUCCAAAUUCCUUGGCUAAAGACUCUACUUCGUAUCCUAGUGUGAUGUACUGUGUUAAAAACGUUUUCAUAUUGUUUUCUGUCUGUCUGAAAAUGUAUUGAAAUAUGCUCAACCCUUACACAAAAUAUUCAAGAAAACUAGUUAUGAAAACUCUGAGUAGAAUAGGAAUUAAUAGGGGGGAAAUUGAAGCAAGCACUAUUAAUAUCCUAUCAGAUGCUUCACAGACAUACUGUACAUUACUGUGCAGAGCAGAUAGACCACACACUUCCACAUCCAAAAAAUAUACCCUUAACUCACUCCCAAGCUCUGUAAAGCCUUCACAUAUCCCAUUUUAUGCACGAAAUACAAAGGACAGUGGCAAAGUCAUUAUACACAACAUUUUGUGAUCACAUUUACAAAUUAAUUCACUUUUUUAUUAUAAAUUAGAAACCAACAUAGUAA